GUUCCCCAGCCCCACGUGGGACUCCAGUCCCUGCCGGGUGUCUCCCUCGGUGUGGCCCUGAUUGGUUUAAAGUCUACACAUUUAUCACCCACCUGGCCCCAGAGCUCAUAAAAUCCAUUGGGAUCGAGGCACUACUGUCACUGCUGCCACUGCUGUCACAGCUGCCCCUUCCAAGCUGGCACCAUGGGCUCUGCUUCCUUCUUGACAAGGGUCCGGCGUCUGCUCCGAAUUCGGAACCAGCUGAUACGGGAAUGCCUGGCUGAGCUGCUCUCCACCUUUGUCCUCAUUACAAUCACCCUGAGCGCUGCCGCACAGAAGGUCACCAGCGAAGAGACAAAGGGGGACAUCCUCACCAGCUUCUUGGGAGGUGCCCUGGCUGUCAUGGUGGGCAUCUACAUAGCAGGGGGAAUCUCAGGGGCCCACAUGAACCCGGCGUUCUCCCUCGCCAUGUGCCUGACGGAGCAGUUCCCCUGGUGGAAGUUUCCCAUCUUCAUGCUCGUGGAGACCUUGGCAUCUUUCCUAUCUGCCGGAGUUGUCUACAUCCUCUACUACGGUAUGGGAGGGCAGCACUGGGCUGGGGAACCCCACGGCAGUGCCAGGCUGGCCAGGCUCACAGACAGGCUCUGCUUCUGCCCCACAGAUGCCAUCUGGCACUACAGCAAUGGCACCCUUACCGUGUCCGGCCCCCGGGAAACCGCCUCCAUCUUCGCCACCUACCCAGCUGACUACGUGUCUGUCGCCAAUGGCUUCUUGGACCAGGUGAUUGGCACAGGGGUGCUGCUAGUGGGCGUCAUGGGUGUCAUGGACAACCGCAACAAGGGUGUCCCCAAGGGCCUAGAACCAGUGGUCGUGGCCAUGCUGGUGCUCUCCAUUGAACUCUCCAUGGGCGCCAACUGCGGCUGCCCUCUGAACCCCGCACGAGACAUUGGGCCCCGGCUCUUCACCUACCUGGCAGGCUGGGGCCCAGAGGUCUUCAGCAGGGGCAAUGGGUGGUGGUGGGUGCCCCUGGUGGCACCGCUGCUGGGGUCCGCCGUGGGCACAUACCUGUACCAGCUCUUCGUGGCUUUCCAUUACCCGGAGGAGGACGGCGAUGCCCUGGAAGAGCAGGGCUCCAUCGUCCUGGAGAACAAAAACAUUGACCUAGACACUGGGGUGUCAUCCAAGGAGGACACUGGGGGAACAGUGCCUACCGGGUACCCUCCACCACCCCGCAGCAGCAGCACGGUCCCCACUACCAUCCCCCUCACAUUAUUAAAUGAGUCCUGAGGUCA